AGCUCAGAUUUGUGACUCAUUACAGCUCACUCACUCAGCUCUCAAACACUAAGCCUCACAAAAAUGCUGUUUACAUUAGCGCUGAGCUCAGAUGGAGCCUGGAGCUAACAGACGAAGAUAAAGAUUACGGCCUUUUUUUUCAGGAGAGUAACACAAGGGAACUUUGCAGUAAGUGCUUCGUCAUGGCUGCAUUUUGCUUAUCACUUAUUAAAUUAUUCGCUGUGUAUAGAUGCCGCUUCUGAUCUGCAAGGGAGCAAAACUGAACAUUUGCCAAACAAAACUGCGACAUUAGAUGCCAGCAGACACACCUUGAUGUGAGUCAGAAGGCUGCAGAGACUUCCAAAGCAAGAAGAAGAAGAUGCCUGUGGUUAAGGCGGAGGACGAGGCUCCGGCUCACACGGCUGUGGAAAUGACAGACUCUCAGAACGGCGACCCUCCCAAAGGCCGACGCAGGAAAAGGCCUCUGCAGAGGGGAAAACCCCCCUACAGCUACAUCGCUCUCAUCUCCAUGGCCAUCGCAAGCUCUCCUGAUCGCAAGCUCACUCUCGGGGGCAUCUACAAGUUCAUCACAGACCGAUUCCCUUUUUAUCGGGACAAUUCCAAAAAAUGGCAGAAUUCAAUCCGACACAAUCUGACGCUCAAUGACUGCUUCAUCAAAAUCCCCCGAGAACCGGGGAGGCCUGGGAAGGGCAACUACUGGGCACUGGACCCGAAUGCAGAAGACAUGUUUGAGAGCGGAAGCUUCCUGCGCCGCCGCAAACGCUUUAAACGUUGUGAUUUCACCACCUACACUUCCUCGUCUUCAUCAUACCAUCACGACUCGCCUAUUUUCUCUCCCGUCCAGAUCACCUCCUCCGUCUAUGGAUCGGUGUACCCGACAUACACGCCGCAGAUCUCUCCCCCGUACUAUCCGCCAUCUACGACCGGAUUUGGUUCAACCCAGUCUCGUGUGUUCAGCAUCAACACCAUCAUUGGGUCUGGCGGUUUGGCACACAGUCCCCCGGAGACACCGCCGGCGCAGCCAUCGUGCCGCAACUUCAACCAAGACGGAGGAGGAUCAUGCGCACUCAACUCCAACCACAUCACCUUCUCAUAUCCCAAUGCUGGGAAUCAUGGGUACGGCCAGGCUGCUCAGGGCAUGUUCAUGCACAACAGCACGCAGAACUACAUACCCUCUGGGCGACUUGGGGUCACGGGGUCGUCCCCCAUCACCGCGGACAUAGCGAAUGAUCCGUACAUCCAUAACAGCGGUGGAACAGGCGGCUACAUGAGACCCAUGACGUAUCCAUCCUGUAUGGACAGGUUUGUUUCUGCCAUUUAAAAACUAUGAAGGUGCUAAAAAUAAACAGACAAAUUAAUAAUAAUAAUAAUAAUAAUAAUAAUAAUAAUAAUAAACCCCAGCUGCCUGUGACCAAACUGUACGCAGUUACAAGACUAUUUAAAGACUGUUACAGCUGACUUUUUUUAUUUUAUUUUUAAGUAAAUGAACACUUCCUGAGCUCAUGGAGGUGAAUCUUAUUUGCUGCACGUCUGGAAAUAAUUGCAGUAUCUCAGGUCACAUGUUUUUAUUUAGAUUUUUUUCCUCCUCUUUCUCUCAUCUGAAGUGGAACAGCAUUUGAAAAGACUUGACUUUAUCAACUUGAAGCACACAUUCCACCUCACUGACUCUGAAAAGAUCCAACGUUUUUAUCAUCUUUACUGAAACAACAUUUAAAAAAAAACAGUGCAUGUUGAUUGGGUUCACGAGAUAUUUCCUGUUUUUCCAUGAUUGUGUGUGAAAUGUGUUCUGGUGUGUUUCUGUAAAAAACAAAACCUGUUUAUUGAGGCUUUAUGUUAAAGAAUUAAAUUUCACCAUUGGUGUAUUA